GGACAAUCGGUUAAAGUUUCAUUUCUGGGCCACUUAGAAGUAUUGUAUGUAACCGGGAUAAACACAAUUCUUGACAGGAGAAUGCGAAUGGCACGAAGUCCUUCACGUCUGAUCCACAAUUUUACCACCAGGAAUACAGGAACUCAAUCGCGGGUCGCCCCCACGAUUUUUUCGCUUCGUUCCCUCUAGGAAUUUCAAGUUUGAAGUCGAUACUUCACCUUACUUACGCAGACAUCGCCUUUCGUUUCGAGUUCGACGUCGACUCCCUCUUUCUGUAUGUUUCGCUCCAUUUGAUUUUUACAUCUCGAUCGGCAUCGGUUUCUUCUGCGAAAAUGUCGGUAGUUACAAUGGAAUUCGAGUAUGUAUCCGAUGCCUCUUUGAUCAACGAUCAUUGAUUUUGGCAACUUGCAGCUCGGACCCCUCCUACCUCUUCAGAAUUGAAUAAGAUAGCGGUACUAGAUUCCAAAAUGGAGGCGAAGCCGUCAAAUUUAAAAGACGUGGAGCCGAGCGAGGGGACCGCAGCUCUGAAGCUUGCGCCCUUCGCAAGUCCACCGGGGAAGACUGCACUACAUCUCGGAAACUUGUUUACCGAAGAGCAGAACCUGGAGAUCGCGAGGCUGGGGAAGAAUCUGAGGAAGAAGUGUGUCAAGUCCACUCUCCAGGAGAUGCAACAAUUUUUGGAUCAAGUUCAGGAGGAACACGGCGAAAGGUUUCUCUUCGCAGUCCUCCAAGCCGGUAAUCGUAAUGCGAAGCAGGCAAUUCACUUCGCGUCGCAGCUCGCGAGCCAUGUGGAGGUCUUGCGGCACCUAAUCCAACGUCGUGCAAACGUAAAUGCGUGCACCGUGCGGGGACACACGCCAUUGCUGUACUUGAAAUUCGUUUUUUUCAAUGCUCCCCAAAGAAAUUUGAAUUUGUUUAAAAAAGAAUUUUGCCGUCGUGCACGUUGGACGAUGAUAAACCCAAACUUUUUUCCCUCCUUCGCACAGGUUCGCCGCCGGACGGGGUCGGUCGGAGCACGUGCAUCUGCUGCUCGACUGUCGUGCGAGUCCUCUAGUCCGCACGGUCUGCGGUGAUACUGCCGCGGGGAUGGCGGUCGGGCGCGUGGAUGCGCAGACGCUCCAACGUCUUCGCACCGCGGAGGAGCAGGGGGUCCGCCCAAGAUUGGCCGACAGUCCCUUGCCGUAUCAGUCGCCGAUUCUUCUUGUCGAUGAUGUGUUCGGCGGAACAAACAAGCAGGAUGACGACCAAACCGAUGCUGUAAAUUCGGGACGUGCAUCAAAUCCUGACGACGCAUCUGAAGCCGCCGAUUUUCUUCUGGCUCAGAACCAUCCAGACGUGAUCCGUCGCCCGCGGACCGACUCUUCGUUCGACUACAGCGGCGAUUCGAAUUUGCACCCGCGCACGAAGGGGAAGAAGAAAAAAGGGCCUGCGGACAAAAGAGCUAUGCUGAUUCAGAACAAAGGAGUAUCCUGAGUAAAAACGUACCCACACCAGAGUCAGGAUGGGGAUUUUGCAACACAAACCUAGGAGCUUUGUGAGUCACGCAUGACAAGUUGCGCGAUGCAGUGUAGUGCAGGUUAGCAAGUGCAGCCGCGUCACAGAUUCGUCUGCUCAUCCUGUUCACACCAUCACAAAUUCCAAAACACGACUGGAAAUGGCUCUCAUGGGGAUGCGCAUUACAAGUCUUCCUGUCUUUGCAAGUCUGCAAUACAACUCUGGUGUGGGUACGUUUUUACUCAGGAUAAGGAGCUGCUGCCAGGAAGAACUCGGACUCCGACACUUCGACUUCUACCACGGGCGGCACCGGCUCCGCGCGUAGUAGCAACGACCUGGAGCAGGUAGAGCAGCAGAGUCAGGAAAGCGGAGAUUUGUCGCCAGCAAUGUCAUUUGCUCCUGCGCCAAGAAGGGACCAAGAGAGUCAGGAAGCUGCGAGGGUAGAGAAGCCAGGGUUCUUGUCGCCGCGUGAAAAUGAACUACUACCCACAUCGCAGGCCGCAGAGCGAAUCGAGAGCAAGGCCGACGACGUCGACGCGCAGAGCAAGGCCAAUCUCCACAGCUACCUGCUACGUGAAGCGACUUCCACGCCAAAAAAGAACACCGCCGCACCAGCAGCAUCUACAACUAGGUUGGAUGAUGAUCUUUCGUCCGGGGAGCGAAUGCGGGGAGAUACUACUCGCGAGGACGUCGAGGUCGAGCAGCCGAUCGACAGGGAGGAGGUAGAGGAGCUCGUUAUGGGCACCGUAGACAGCAGCAAGUACUUGGACUUUCGGUGCGACCCGGAUGCUAUUGCAGCGCAAAAGGAACACAUUGUGCAGUGCAAGCACUGCCGGAAAAAUCCGUCCAACUGGCGUCACCUUUUCGGGGACGACGAGGCAGGAUUUGCGGCGUUGGUUUGCAAACUAGCCCAGUACAACAAAGCGGAGAACUAUCCGGAAGAAAGUGCGGAUGUGAUCGUCGGAAUCAACGCGACGAGGGGUCAACAUCAGGACAAUUUCUUCAUCAAUAGUCGUCGCACCGCGGCCGAUUCGGACAUGCCAGACACGGUAUCUCAAGAGACGUUCUUCAGCUCUUUUUGUGCGACAACUACGACUUCUGAGGACAUGCGGUCCAUCGCGAUAAAGUUCCUUCGGGACUUUUACGCCGUCGACACAAGACCUUUCGCGAUGGUGAUGCAACGGUUCGCGAAAACGCUGGGCGAGGCAGUGCGACGACUCAUGGAUCGUGCUAGCCCCGCGGUCUCUGCGUCUGAAAAGGCUGCAGAGCCAAUUUUUAUCUACAUGUCGGCUUUUUUUCAAGAGCCCAACUUUCUCAAGAAUCACCCCGAAGACCGAAAGUGCGUUCGUGUCUGCUGUGCUGCCGCGUUGGAAGCUUUGAGGCACGCGAUUGUUCCGCGUGCUGUCUCAUCGCCGACGAAAGGAGCGUCAUUCGGCGAAGACACGGGAAACGCGGAGGAUGGUCAGCUCAAGAGUGAAGCAAGGGUUGAGGAGGUCUCAUCUACACCCUCCGGAUUGGGAACUGUCGACGAUGCGCCGUCCGGCGAAUGCUUUUACACCGCACCUCUGCGGGGCGACAUUCCGUGGUGGGUGGCUAGGAUGCAGGACAAGGAAAGGUCUGCGAUCGACGGGCCGAUCUGUUUGCCAGUGGGUCGUGACAAGACAACUGAAUCAGGAGCAGGAAAGCAGACACACGUUAAUGAGAAGAUGAACAAAGCAAGGAAAGAAUACACGACGCCCCGCUUCGCCGCAGUUUCGCUCGCUGAAGUGCAUAAGCGCUGCGACUGCGCUGCUACUGCACUGGAGGUACUCGGAAUUCUGCAGCUGGAAGCGCGUCCGAGCACUGCUGAAGACGAUGGCGCUGCAAUGGAGAAAAUCUGGAGCGAUUUUUUGCUGGCGGAGCGCUCCUCAGCCGAUCAAAACCGCUGCCGUCGCUGGUUGCGAUGCUUGGAACUCGUCUGCGGUAGUUCUACGACAACUUCUGCAGAAGUUGAGGCAAAGUUGAAAACUGUCGUUUCCCUUGCUGUACAGUCGGGGUUGGUGCCACAGCUUUUACGAAGUGCAAAGCUCAAUGGCGAGCACGCCUGGCACGAGCGGCUGCGCGAAAUGCUGGAGACGGCUGAAGAAAAUAAUGACGCAGGUGAUCAUGAUCCUGAUGCAGGUCCGCGUGUCCUGGAUCGGAGGAAAGCAGCGGCCAAGCAGCGGAGACAGCAGCGGCGCCAUGAACAAGCAGCGAGGAGAGAAGAGGAAGAUGAAUUUGAAGCAGCUGCGAACCGAGCCGGCAAUAAUGAGAGUGAAGACGAGGAGUACAAUUCUGAGGAAAAAAUGAUCGACGAUGCUGGUGCACAGGAAAGCAACCGGAUCCCGCACGCGCGGUUGGAAGGUCCCAUUACCUGGAUCGAUACAACCGCCGGGCUCGAAGAGAUGCAGGGCCUGCUGAGAAGACAGUACGAAGCAUCUUCAUCACGCAAAGUCCAUGUCGGGCUUGACACAGAGUGGGGAUACAGUAAGUCGGGAACAGCCACGAAGUGCUGCAUGAUGACGCUGCAGGUGUCUUUUCUCGACGCAGGGAAUAGUAGCAGUAGUGGGUCCUCAGGAUCAUGGCACAACUACGUUAUUGACACGAGCCCGGACGCCGCAUUGAGAAGCGACGAGUACUCCCGUGCCUUGGAAGAGUUUCUCGUCACUGAUCUCAUGCAUCCGUCCUGCCUGCCAUUAGGUUUCAGUUUCGGCCACGACAUACCGAAAAUAGCAGCUCUGCUGCAGUGGUUACGAAGUGGUAACACAAAUAGUAGACCUGCUGCGGCCAGCACCGAGGAAAAGGACAAACUGGACGUAGAUGUUUUUGUGUGCAGAUUCCGCCAGCAAGUGCUCGAUGUCCAAUAUCACACAGAAAAGAGCUGGCAGGGCAUAUUUGUAAUGCAAAAAUAUAUACACAAAAAUCUGCAUUGCAUAUCCGAAACAGCAUGCUAUGGGGCCACCCAUGACAAAUUCUUGUGUGUGUUUGUUUUUGCAUCACAGAUAUGCCCUGCCAGCUUUUUUCUCUGGGAUAUCCAGCAGAUCUACACGCAAUGGCAGGAGAAAUCGCAGCGAUUGAUGCAGAAAAACGUCAAGCGUGGAGCGACGCCCGGGUUGCGUGCAGUGACCGCCGCCUUGCUCGGGCAGGACUUGAGCAAGAAGGAACAGCGGUCGGACUGGGCACUGCGGCCUUUGACAUCGCGGCAGUUGCAGUAUGCAGCGCUUGACGCACAAGUACUGGUGCGGUUAGCGGAUAUCAUACUCAGCAGCUCCUCCAACAAAGCAGAUCACUGAGGGCGGUGUUGAGAUGCGUGGAAUUUUUUCAAAUUAGCAGAACUUUGUGAAUCAAAAUGUACCUCAUUUUGCACAAGAACUAAUGUACCCUUUUCGGAAUUUCUACUUCAUGAAGCCGAAGUCUCUACUUUUGGUGCGAAUGACGCUGACAUUUUUUGUAGAAUUUUUGAUCUAUGUUCUUUUGGAUUCAGGUUUUUGCGCAU